AUGUCGAACAGCUCAACACAUAUGGACGAGGGUAUUUAUCGAAUGAGUUUUGUCGAAAGUCUACUUGUUCUUAUCGUUAUUGGUUUAUGGCUAUUGGCUGUUAUUAGUUUAGCAAGAAAACUUGAAAGAAUUUGCAAUCCUCCAUCAAUAUUUCCUAAUUAUUCAUUACACACUAAGCCAAGUAUAAGUCCAUCAUCACGUCGCGGUCGACAUUCAAAUGAAUCAGUGCAUUCAACGCUUCCACCACCAAUUAAUUUUGUUCGUGCAACAUCAGAACCUGCUAUUGAUGCAUCACCUCGUGCAACUAUUUAUGUUCGUUCGCCAAGUGAAACAUGCUUGCAUGUUAAAUCAACGUCAACAUUACGUAUGUCAGCUAUGUCACAACAUUUAAAUUCGCCUAGUACGCUUGAACUAGGGAACAGUUCAAUGAGCCACAGAGCUGAGUCACUAACUGUUCCUCGUACUAGUAGUUAUCAUAUACGUGUUGAAACUUCUCAAAGACCAUUACCGGCACAAGCAUUACUAGAUCCGAACCGUAUACCGACUAUAGUAAGACGAAGUCUUUUAGACUUACAUCGACGCACUUUAUUUUCGAAUACGAUGUCAAAUUUUUCGCCUAUUCGAUGUAUUGUCACAGCGGCAAGUAAUAAUACAAACAGAAAUGGACCACACGCGGUAACAACGAUACCAGUAACAACAAGUGUUAAAGUUCCAUUACUAAAUAAACAUCGAAGAGCGAAUGAAACAGAUGAAGAUGAAUGGUAUCGAGGUAAAUUUAUUAUUCAAAUCACAAAAUUAUUCUUGAGAACAUCCUGUGUCGAUAUGUUUUUAUGUUAG